CAGCAACUCAGUUUCUAUGUGGAAGCAAGAGCAAUGUUCUGUAAUCUGGAGCCAGUUCUUGUACAGUUAAUUUACAGUGUCAACCAUCUGGCCAUGGAGACUAAAAAGGUGAUGAAAGGAAACCAUUCAAGGAAGACUGCCUCCUUUGUCAGGGCUUGCGUGGCUUUCUGCUUUAUCACUAUACCUUCUCUGACCAGCAUCUUUAGCCGGCUCAACUUGUACCUUCAUUCUGGCCAAGUGGCUCUGGCAAACCAAUGCCUUUCACAAGCGGAUGCCUUUUUCAAAGCUGUAGUAAGCCUUGUUGCUGAUGUACCAAAGACUAUAAUUAUAGAUGGCAAGAUACGUUCUUCUGAGGCCUUUCUCCUGGAAUUUCUCAGCAACUUCUUCUCCACAUUACUGGUUGUCCCUGACCAUCCAGAACAAGGAGUUCUGUUCCUGGUUAGAGGACUUCUAAAUGUGACUGAGGAUUAUACCUGGGAAGAUAAUAGUGAUGAUAAAAUUCGGAUCUACUCAAGUGUGCUGCAUUUGUUGGCUGCAUUGUGUCAAGAGAGUUAUUACUACCAUGUAGAUAAAGUUGACUCCAACGAUAACCUCUAUGGAGGGGAUGCAAAAUUCCUAGCAGAUAUUGGAAAAUUGUGUGACACACUUAUUUGCCAGAUUGUGGAGCACCUUAAAGCUCUUGGAAAAGAAAAGACUCUGAAGCGUCAGAGUACCCUUGCUCUGCUAUUCUUUAACAGUAUUCUUGCUCAUGGGGAUCUAAGGAACAACAAACUGAAUCAGCUGGCUGCAAAUCUGUGGAAUUUGGCUCAAAAACAUGGUUAUGCUGACACCAAAACUAUGGUUAAAACGCUGGAAUACAUCAACAGAAGAAGCAAACAGUCUGAGUCAAGGCAUCUGAGUGAACUAGGAAUGAGACUCCCUCUGCAGUCUAGAACCUAAUGAAAUGUUGAGCAUUUUUCCAAAGUUGCUAACAAGCAGGGCUUGCAGUGCAGUACGUGGUAACUUA